UGGGCGGCUGUGGCGAGGCCCAGGAGGAGGAGGAGAGGAGGAGGAGGCGACCUGGCCGUCUUUUCCCCCGCUUCCUCCUCGCAGCCGGGACGGCCUGUCCCUUUAAGGUGCCUCCACCGUCCAGGCUGCCCGCCGCCCGGGCCUGUGCGAGCAAGCUGAGGGGAGGGAGAGCGAGGCGAGGACGGAGGUCCCGCUGCCGCCGCGGUCGUCUCGGCUGGGCUGCCUCCCAGAGCAAGAGGGCGCCCGUCUGAGGGAGAAGCGGAGCGCCGGAGGGCCUCGGCGGAGCAGGACCAGGCGGCGAGGCUGGCGGCGGCGGCGGAGCAGCUCCUCUCCUUGUUGUCUGAAAGUUCCAGAAAUCUCUCGUUUGCAAGAAAGAUGAGGUUGUGUUACUGUACAGUGCCAGCACUAAUAAGUCUGCUGUUUUUCUUCUGGAUCCCAUCAUCAAUGUGCUGCAACAAGGCGCUCUGUGCUAGUGAUGUCAGCAAGUGCUUAAUACAGGAGCUGUGUCAAUGCCGCCCUGUUGAAGGAAACUGUUCAUGUUGUAAGGAAUGCAUGCUGUGCUUAGGCACACUUUGGGAUGAGUGCUGUGACUGUGUUGGUAUGUGCAAUCCUCGCAAUUACAGUGACACACCUCCUACUUCCAAGAGUACCGUCGAGGAAUUGCACGGGCCAAUCCCAUCCCUUUUCCAAGCACUUACAGAAGGCGACACUCAGCUGCACUGGAACAUUGUAUCAUUCCCUGUUGCAGAAGAACUGUCACAUCAUGAGAACUUGGUCUCUAUUUUAGAAACGGUGAACCACCCGCAGCAUCAGAACGUCUCCAUUCCAAACAACAAUGUCCAUGCCCCAUACACCAGUGACAAAGAAGCCACUUGUACUGUGGUUUACUUCGAUGACUGUAUGUCAGUGCAUCAAUGCAAGAGCUCUUGCGAAUCUAUGGGUGCAUCCAAAUACCGGUGGUUUCACAAUGCCUGCUGCGAAUGUAUUGGACCAGAGUGUAUCGACUAUGGCAGCAAAACUGUAAGGUGCAUGAACUGUAUGUUUUGAAGCUGAAAACUGAAUCUUUUUAUCAAAGACCCUAAAGUUAUAUUUUUAUUGAUAUAGAUUGAAUUUGCAAGUAUUGCUUGAGAAUGUAAUAGUUGCAAUACAGAGGAGAUGUAUAAAAUUUUAAACAUGUAAUUCUGCCCCCUCUUUAAAUAAUGCUAAACAGUAUUAAUUAGUAAAUGGGUGUUUUCUUAAAGUAUAACCAGCCUUCCUAGAUUUUUAUUUGAUCUGAAUAUGUCAACUUAGCUGAUUUAUGUACAGUCACAUAAGAACAUAAGAACAUAAGAAGAGCCUGCUGGAUCAGGCCAGUGGCCCAUCUAGUCCAGCAUCCUGUUCUCACAGUGGCCAACCAGGUGCCUGGGGGAAGCCCACAAGCAGGACCCGAGUGCAAGAACACUCUCCCCUCCUGAGGCUUCUGGCAACUGGUUUUCAGAAGCAUGCUGCCUCUGACUAGGCUGGCAGAGCACAGCCAUCAUGGCUAGUAGCCAUUGAUAGCCCUGUCCUCCAUGAAUUUGUCUAAUCUUCUUUUAAAGCCAUCCAAGCUGGUGGCCAUCACUGCAUCUUGUGGGAGCAAAUUCCAUAGUUUAACUAUCCGCUGAGUAAAGAAGUACUUCCUUUUGUCUGUCCUGAAUCUUCCAACAUUCAGCUUCUUUGAAUGUCCACGAGUUCUAGUAUUAUGAGAGAGGGAGAAGAACUUUUCUCUAUCCACUUUCUCAAUGCCAUGCAUAAUUUUAUACACUUCUAUCAUGUCUCCUCUGACCCGCCUUUUCUCUAAACUAAAAAGCCCCAAAUGCUGCAACCUCUUGUUGGGGAGAGGAUCAUGAAGCAUCACAGAAAUUGCAGUUGGAUCCAUCAAAAUUCUGUAAUUGUUUGGGCUUGCCGCAUGUUUCCAAACGUUCACAUUUGAGCUUUAUUGCAGCAGACCACAUAUUUCUAUCAUGAUAAGCAUUUAAAAAGCAAGUUAGCAGCUACACAAAAGUCUCCAGCCAUUGCCAUUUGCUUGUGAGAAGGAAAGCCCCAGGGUGUUUUUUAAUCAAAACAUGUUCACUUCACUUUUUUGCUUGUUUUCCCCUAGUUCAUGUGGCUAUAAGGAACAAAAAACAAACAUCCUUUAAUUCAGAAACAAAGUGUAAAUCAUAGCAAACUCAGAAAGAAUUUAUAUAUGUAACAAUAAGAGAUCUGGGUGAAACGCAGUUGUCCCAGAACUGAUUGCUUUUCUUAUGUACAAAUUUUAUUAAAACUCAGUAACAUAUUUUUUUAAAGCCAGCCAGUGCUGUUUUCCUAAAAUUUAUCUAUGUGACCCUUCAUAUUUCUCCAUCUUUUCUACUAUAGCUUCUGAUAAUACACUGUUUACUGCUAACAGCAUACCAGUUCAGCAUUAGUGAUGUCUGCUUGGAAAUGGUUUUUCACACAUAGGUGGUUUGGAUAUGAUCUUAGGGAACACAAAGGUGCUGCAUAGAGGAAAUGCAUCUAUUAUCCAGAAGUGUUUUACCAAGAAAAUGGUUGGUGUUCUAACUCUCAGCACCCUCAACAAACAACCAUUCCUAGGAGUUAAAGCUCUUUAAAUGUAUAGUGGAGAAGAGACCGGGGACUACUGUAUACUUUGAGCACAGCGGCUAAUAGGAAGCAUUGUUGAUUCUACUUAAAUUAUUUGUAUGUAACAAUUCAUAUCUAUUGCUGUACUAAAGCUGUCACUUCCUAGGUUUUUUUAGUUGAAGUUCAGUCAUUAUUAGCAGAAUGUGCUUUAUAAUCUUAUGGAUGCUUAUCACCUUGUAGAGCAUGACUAUUUGGAUUUUGUUGAGAGAUGGUCGAUGUGAAUCUUGAUAUUUUUCCUCAGCAUUAAUAAUAGGUCCAAAACUGGGUUGCUAAAGGAAAGAAGGACAACUCCUUAAAGCAGUGGUAAUCUAACCUUUUUUUGGCCUGAGGAGUACGUUGACGGCUGGCCACCCCACCGAUGUCUGCCUGCCAGUGUCGGCCAUGGUCUGUGCUCCCUAGUGUGUACACACACCCUUGUGGACCAUACACAAACACACUCGGCAGGCAGGCGCACACACAUAUCUAGCAGGGAAGAGAAGUUCUACCCCAGUACUGCAAUUGGCAUUUUUCCUUCUCCACUGCAGUGCUGGGGUGUGUGUGUUUCUUCUUUUGAUUGUUCCUGUCUUUAAUGGGCAGCCACACCUUGAAAUAUGGAAAAGAUAAAUAAAUUAUAAAACUUGGUAGCAUCUAGUUCAUUGAUGAGAAUGUUUAGGAAAACUUGUUUGACAAAACUAAUUCAACAGCUUUGAAGGUACUGAAAAUGUUUGUAUGACUUAAGAAUAUUCUACCUGUAAAAUAUUGUAUUCUAAUGAAAUCAUGAUUUCUUAUGUAUUAAUCUGUUGCAGUUGAUUGGUGGAAUCAUCCUAAUAGUGUAAAAACUGUUAGGAAAUGUUAGAUUCAAGAGUUGUUUUUUGUUUUGAUUUUAAAUAGACCUUUCAAAACCUUGAAAUAUUUCUUAGUAAGGAUGGUCCAGUUAAUUUGUAAUAUCAUUUAUAAUACUGUCUAAAAACAUCUACUGUGAGCUCUGUGUACAUACAGUUACAUGAUUUACAUCAAUAUUAAAUGUAUUUUCUUAUAUUUACAUGUUUUCACUUGGUAUUUAAUAAACAACUCUAUUUAGCGGUGUGGAUUUCUUUUGUUGUCCUUUCUGUCACUAAUAAAUAAUAAAUACGAGUUGCGGAAUAGCCUCCCCGAAGAGGUACGCCUGGUGCCUACAUUAUUAUCUUUCCGGCGCCAGGUAAAGACCUUCUUAUGCUCCCAGGCAUUUUAAUCAUUUUAAUCUUUUUAUCUUUCUAAUCUUGUAAUACUAAUCCUUUUAUCAUCUUAUAUUUUGUUUAAUUGUAUUUUGUUU